UUUUCUGUUAACUAUAUAAGUAGGUGUCUUGUGGUCUGUUUCUAGUUGAGUCUUGAAGAGCAAAUACUUUAGGAGAGAGAGAGAGAAAGAAAGAAAGAAAGAAAGAAAGGAAACCUCACUUGCUUUGCGUACUCGGUGUUUUUCUUUUCAAAAACUGUCUUUCCCCCUUGGCCGUUGCGUUUGCUCCUUCAAGUCUAGUUUUGAUAUUUUAGGCUUCUUGCUUUUGCCCUUUAGAUUCUUUUCAGGUUUAGCAUACUCUAUUGGGUCACUGAAAUCAGUGCAUUUCUCCCUUUGUUUUUGUUUAAUUACAAGAGAAACAUUACAAUACCAAAAGAGUUAUACUAGUUAAGAAACCCAACAAGGCAAAGCAAACUGAAAAGUAAAGGAAACAAUUCUUGAGAAUUUGUCAUUUUUACUAUGGGGAAGACGGUUGCUCCCUUCUCAAGUUGGGCCUGGGAGAACUUCGGCUUAUUCAAGUAUCUGCUAUAUGGACCCCUCCUUGCAAAAGUGAUACACACACAAACUCAGGAGUUGAGGUUGAAGGAUGAUUGGUUUCUUCAUAUUCUGAUCAUCUCUUUUCUUCGAUCAUUGGUUUAUUUGUUGUGGAGUUGUUUCGUUAGCAUGCUUUUCUUGACAUAUAAUCGUCGCAUAAACAAACAAGGCUAUGAUUUUAAGCAGAUUGACAGAGAAUGGAAUUGGGAUAAUUUCGUACUUCUUCAAGCUCUAAUUGGAUCCAUGGCAUGUUACAUGUUCCCAUCCUUGAUUGAAAAUGUCCCUCUUUGGAACACAAAAGGGUUAAUCGCCAUGCUAAUGCUCCAUGUUCUAAUCUCAGAGCCUGUGUACUACUGGGUACACAGAUACUUCCAUGGAAGUUAUCUCUUUCCACAUUAUCAUUCAAUCCACCAUUCAUCUCCUGUACUCCAUCCCUUUACAGGUGCCCAUGCAUCAUUCUUGGAGCAUCUUAUACUAGCCACAGUUAUUGGAAUUCCAAUAAUUGGAUCUCUAAUCAUGGGAUAUGGAUCAAUCGUCAUGAUUUAUGCUUAUGUUUGGGCAUUUGAUUUCCUCAGAUGCUUGGGACAUUCCAAUGUUGAAAUUGUCCCUCAUCAAUUGUUCCAUAGUCUUCCAUUUCUCAGAUAUCUUUUCUACACACCAUCGUAUCAUAGCCUGCAUCACACAGAGAUGGGCACCAACUUCUGCCUCUUCAUGCCCUUGUUUGAUGCGAUAUGGAACACUCUUAAUCGCAAAUCUUGGGAACUGCACAGAGAAAUGAGUACCAAUGCAGCAGACAAGGGCAGGGUACCGGAUUUCGUGUUCUUAGCUCAUGUAGUAGAUAUUUCUUCUGCAAUGCAUGCACCAUUUGUUAACAGAGCGGUGGCCUCGAACGCAUUCACGCCCUGGAACAUUAUGUUGCCUGGCUGGCCUGUGGCUUUCCUUGUUAUGCUAAUCAUGUGGGCUAAGGCUAAGAUCUUCCUUGUCUCCUUCUACAAUUUGAGAGGCAGACUGCACGCCACAUGGGCUGUGCCUAGGUUCGGGUUUCAGUAUUUCCUGCCAUUUGCUCAAGAGGGUAUUAAUAACCAUAUAGAAGAUGCCAUCCUGAGGGCUGAUAGAGAAGGGGUCAAAGUCAUUAGCCUUGCUGCACUGAACAAGAAUGAAGCUCUGAAUGGGGGUGGAACACUGUUUGUGAACAAGCACCCAGACCUUAGAGUUCGAGUGGUCCAUGGAAAUACCUUAACUGCUGCAGUUAUUCUAAAUGAAAUUUCCAAGGAGGUAACAGAAGUAUUUCUAACAGGAGCUACUUCAAAACUUGGUAGAGCCAUUGCCCUUUAUCUUUGCCGAAGGAAAGUUAGAGUCCUUAUGUUGACUUUAUCAACUGAGAGAUUCCAGAAAAUUCAGAAGGAAGCUCCUUUGGAUUGUCAAAGCUACCUUGUCCAAGUCACCAAGUACCAGGCAGCCCAAAACUGCAAGACAUGGAUCGUUGGCAAGUGGAUAACACCAAGAGAGCAAAGUUGGGCUCCAAAAGGAGCCCAUUUCCAUCAAUUUGUUGUCCCACCGAUAUUGUCAUUCAGAAGAGACUGCACUUAUGGUGAUCUUGCUGCCAUGAGACUGCCUGAUGAUGUUCAAGGGCUUGGAAGUUGUGAGUAUACAAUGGACAGAGGAGUAGUUCAUGCCUGUCAUGCAGGUGGAGUGGUACACUUGCUAGAAGGAUGGAGCCACCAUGAAGUUGGAGCAAUUGAUGUUGACCGGAUUGACCUGGUCUGGAAUGCUGCAUUGAAGCAUGGAUUAAAGCCUGUAUCAAAUGUUAUCAACCAAAAACUAAAUGUGAAAUGAACGAAGAAAGAAAUUUAUUAGUUGUAACAAAGAAAAGAAGAAGCCCUAUCUUUGUUUUGUUCUUUUAUGUAAAAUGGAACAAAAAGAGUAAAUGGGGUGAAUUAAGUUGCAAUUCAAACAUGGCUAUCAUAUGUACUUUCUUGAUUUGAUUUAUACAUUAAUGAAGAAAAGUUACCAUUCUAUUUUUA